UACAACUUGUCGUUGCUACUAUGCAAUAAAUUAAAUAAACUUAAACUUACUAACUGAAAACAACCUUGACAUACUCUGAACUUUGCUUGAUUUGGGAUAAAUGUGCAUUUUAAAAAUAAAAAGAUGACAACAAUAGAUAUACAGUUCUCUUGUUCAAAAUUUGUUCUGAGGUGCAUCAUGUGUAUACAUCAAUGUAAAUAUCAGAUGAUUACAUAGCAACCAAGCAUAAAAAAGGAUUUACUCUGAUACACUCUGGUUAUAUAUUACAUCGACAUUUCACAUAACUUGGUGACACAUUAACAACAACAUAGGAAAAUGUGAGCUAAUGACUACCUUUCUUUCUCCUAUUUCUGGUCUUAUUUUGUUCAUUCAUUUCUGAUUCACUUUGGUUUAAUAAUACAUCUACAUUCCACAUCUAUCAGUGACACAUUAAUAAAAGAAAAAUGUCAAAAACAUGUACUUUUCUCCCUAUUUCUGGUCCUAUUUCAUUUCAGCACUUUCCAUAUUAAAAAAGGUAUUAUUUUAUUUCCUAAAGCCAAUUCUAGGUCUUUAACACUCAAAUCAAGUCAAUAAAUAAUGCAAUUACAAUUACAGACGUUUGAAGGCCAACAUUUAUAAAUUAAAAACCUGCGCGAAAGGCCUGUACAUAUUUUCAGUAACAUGUUAGCUACAAUGUGAAAUAUUACACAUUUGUUCAUGCAUUGACUUAUUUCACUAUUUUUUUUUUUAGCUCAUUUCACCUCCAUACUCGAGUCUCAGUUAAUCGUGUGAACAGUUUGGAUGCCUGUGCCUCUUCGUGUAGAACGAGGCCCAAAUUUCCCCUACGGCGUUUGAACGCAGCACUAUUUAACAAGGCCCAGCGUCUGAAAGUCAUUUGUUUUCGUUGAAUCAGACUGACUGGAUUGGAUGGCCCGGGGUUCCGCCCACAAACACACAAGGUGGAGUUGAAAAGAAAAAAAAACAUGCUGGACCAAAAUGAAGCUGUCAAACGGCAGCUUACUAUUUACUAUAUUGAGCAAUGUGAACAGACACGGACGCUGCCGUGUAGACAUCGUAGCUAGUUACCUUUUACAGUAUGAGAGUAUUGACACUUGAUAAGUGAAAAUUACAAACUUUGAAAAAAAUAUAUAAUUUCAUGAGCAAUUUAAGGGAGUGCGGAAGAUUAUAAAUGUGCAUUAAAUUCGACAAACACUGAUACAAGUUUGCCUUUUGUGAAUCAAAAUAUUCGCCGUGCAAACUUCGGCUGCAGAUGUGACAUGGUCGGCCUCCGAGAGUGGAAAUAAUCGCCCUCGGUUGUGUUCAGACUCAACGGUGCGAGAACGGUGCAAAAAAAUGUGGAUGCGAAAUGGUUGGAUGGCGAGGGGAGAGCUGCUACGCGUUGAGUGGAGGGAGACGGCGAGUGAGAUGGAGGCGGGGGGGAAGGACCAUCUCUGCGGGGACUGGAGCCCGGGAUCGACGGCGCAGUGCUGGCUAUCGUUCAACCCUCCCCUUCUUCCUCCACAGCGACGCCGAAGCUCACGCCGUGAAGCAGCCCAGAACCACCGACGACCAAGCUCGGAGAACCCGCCUUCUUGUCCUCGCUUAUGCGUUUUCGGACCGAGGGAAGGGAGUCCGCAACGCCCUGGCUCUAGUUUUAAGCUCGGUUUUUCUGUGUUUGCAGUGCGCCAUUGGACCUUGUCACGAUCCGACAGAGUGCACUCACAAAUGAAUGGAGAAAUGGAGGCAACGACCCACGACCAAGUGUGGGCACAGGAGGACCUUUUAAAACUGCUGGAGGCCAUGAAAGUGGCCCUGCCUCAGAAAGACCUGACUAAAUACAAAACGUCAGAGUCCCACCUCGACUGGCAGAAGGUGGCUUUCAAUUCCUUCUCCGCAGAGAUGUGUAAGCAGAAGUGGCAGGAGGUCUCUAAAGAGAUUCGUAAAUUCAGGACUUUAACAGAACUGAUAAUUGAUGCUCAAGACUACAUAAAGAACCCUUACAAGGGCAAGAAAAUAAAGAAACAUCCAGAUUUCCCCAAGAAGCCUUUGACUCCGUACUUCCGUUUCUUUAUGGAAAAGAGGGCCAAGUAUGCAAAGUUGCACCCUGAGAUGAGCAACUUGGACCUCACUAAAAUCCUCUCCAAGAAAUACAGAGAGCUACCCGACAAAAAAAAGAAAAAGUAUGUUGAGGACUUCUUACGUGACAAGGAAUCAUUUGUUCAAAGCAUGAUGAAAUUCAGGCAAGAACACCCAGACCUUGUGGAGAGCAUGGCCAAGAAAGGUUCAAAUGUACCAGAGAAGCCCAAGACGCCCCAACAGUUGUGGUACAAUCAUGAAAAGAAGGCCUUCCUCAAGACACACCCAGAUGCGACCACCAAAGACAUCAAGGACAGUCUUGGCAAACAGUGGACGCAGCUGUCUGACAAAAAGAGGCUCAAAUGGAUCUCCAAGUCCCUAGAACAGCAGAAACUGUAUGAGGGAACAAUGCGGGAGUAUAUCCAGCAGCACCCAGAGUUAAACAUGACACAGGAGGAUAUUGUGAAGUCCACCCUGACAAAGGCAGAGAGGCACCUGAAGGACAAAUCUGACGGCAGACCUGACAAACCACCGCCAAAUGGUUAUUCGAUGUUCUGUGCCGAGCUCAUGUCGAGCAUGAAGGACGUUCCCAGCACAGAGCGCAUGAUGAUGUGCAGCCAGCGGUGGAAGCUACUCAAACAGAACGAGAAGGACGCAUACCAAAAACGUUGUGAACAGAGAAAGAAGGAGUAUGAAAUUGAGAUGAACAGAUUUCUCAGUAGUUUAUCAGAAGAGGAGCAGCGGCGGGUUUUGGGUGAGGAGAAGCCUGGUUUUAAGAAGAGCAGUGGAGCCAGCAGUCCUGCCUCCAAAAAGAAAAACUCUAAAGCAAAGGUCAACCCAGAGAAACCCAAAAGGCCCAUCUCAGCUAUGUUCAUAUUCUCUGAGGAGAAGCGCCCCAAACUGCACCAGGAAAGGCCAGACCUCUCUGACAGCGACGUCUCAAGACUUCUUGCACGCAUGUGGAAUGAGUUGCCAGACAAGAAGAAGGAGAAGUAUAAGCGUUUGGAAAUGGUCCUGAAAGCAGAGUCAGAGAAGAAGGAGAAGGAGGAUCGUAGUCGCCUGCCGGAUCCUCCCAAGACUGCACAGGACAUCUGGCAGCAGAGUGUUAUUGGAGAUUACCUGGCCAGAUUUAAGAGUGACCGGCCAAAGGCACAGAAAGCAAUGGAAGACACCUGGAGCACCAUGGAGAAAAAAGAGAAGAUUAUGUGGAUCAAAAAGGCAGCAGAAGACCAGAAAAGAUAUGAGAGAGACCUGUGUGAGAUGCGCUCACCAGCUCCUGUCAUUCCUGCAGGGAAGAAGAUGAAGUUUGAGGGAGAACCCAAGAAACCACCAUCAAACGGAUAUCAGAAGUUCUCUCAGGAAAUGCUCUCAAAUGGAGAGCUGAAUCAUCUCCCAAUGAAAGAGCGAAUGACUGAGAUUGGCAGCCGCUGGCAGAGGUUGCCUCUGAAGGAUAAGGACCGCUACAAGAAGAUUGCAGAAGAGAAGCAGAGACAGUACAAAGUCCAGCUGGAACAGUGGCUCGCUAGCUUGUCUUCACAAGAGAGAAACACUUACAAAGAAUAUAAUGCACAAAAAAGAAGAAAUCCAGCAAAACCAGGAGGCCCCAAAGCAAAGGCCAAGAAAUCAGACACAGAGGAGGAGGAUGAUGAGGAGGAGGAGCGGGAGAAGGCUUCCUCCGAGGCGGACUCAUCCAGCGAGGAGGAGGACGACGACGACGACGAUGAUGAAGACAAGGAGGACGACGACGACGAUGAUGACGACGACGACGAAGACGAUGAAGAUGACGAUGAGGCGGAGGACAAAGAGAACAAGUCAGAGGACAGCAGCAGUGAGUCCAACUCACAAGGGACAUCAGAUUCUGACUCAGACUGAAACAGGCCAACGUCCUCUCGAGACAAACUGAGCAGCGCUGAGCUGAGCCAAGAGUCCAGGGAGCUCUGCCACUGUGCCAACCCUGCUCUCCUCCCACCACCAGAGGGAGCCCUUACAUUGCCUCAUCCAUUUCACACACUCACACUUUUUGUUGCUGCGCUGGUGAUCUGUACUCAAGGAGGGACCCUGCCUCUGUCUCCAAAAUAUUCCCUCCUAUCCCGGUGUGAUGGCGGUCUCACGGCCACUGAUAUGAUACCAAAAACAGCAUCCCACUGGUUUGGUGAUGUUGUGAACAUUUCUGCCACCGGUUCCAAUCUCAAAUAACAGGUUAACUGGUUUACGGUUAGAGUUUUAAUGUGAGGGUAUUUAAUUACCCUCCCGUGUUUAUUUUAUCGUUCUGACAUUUAGUUGAAGACGAGCGGCAUGAGUUGUGAACAGGCUUUGUUGAGCCAAAGAACACAGCAUGGUGGGCCAUUUUAGGGAGGGGAGGGGGGUGCGGGGUACUGAAAAAUUGCACUCUUCAGAAUGUUUCCUUGAAUUUUUAUUUUCCAGAUUGUUCUCAUGUUGUUCUGUUUUCAGCUUUUGAUGUAGAUUUUAUGAUUUGGUUCUUAAAGAGGUGGUAUUUUUUCAGGAAAAAAAUCAAGCCAUGAUGAAUGUUUUAUUUGUUUUUUUCUUUUUUUUUUCUUUCUUUGUUUUGGUUGCUGGAAAAUUUCAGUACAAAAUUGUUUCCCGUGUUGGCGUUUAAAAGAUGACAGUGCCUAUAAAGUAUUCAAUCCCUCCCCUUUCGACUUUUCACGUUUUAUUGUUUUACAACAUUUAAUCAAAGUGGAUGUGAUUAGGCCUUUUGACAGUGCUCAUAAAAAAUAUUGUCACAGUUGUGGUAAAUUGUAGAUUUCUACGUUUUAAAAGCCUGGAAUAUUAAUCUGAGUCUCAGUUUAAUUCCUCUUCAACAAUUUAAUGUAAAGUGAGCGCAAAUAUAUAAAACAAUUACUGAAGAUACUGAGGUGACUAAAUGGCAACUUUCAAGAAAUAAAUCCUCAGUUUGAUUGAAGUUGUACUUCACUAACGUGCUUCUUGCACAAACAGACUUUUAUGUUGACCGUUUUAAGAGUGCCAAAUUUCUUAUGUUACCUUUGUUUUUUAUUAGAAAAUGUACUAGUUUUAUAUUUGUUCUCCAUUUAGAUCCAUCUCUACAGUCUGGUUUCCCUCAGAGUCAACAAGAGUCAGCAGCCUGAUUCCAUCCACUGUCCUCGGGUUAAGGGGUUGAAUAUUUUCCUGGCACUGCACAUUUAACAAAACUGACAAUACACGUAGUUUCAGUUCAUCAAUCUGACACGUUCCUGCCCGACUCGGUUAAUUCAACAAUUUGUUCUGGCCUCGCAGUGUCCAAGUUGUUAAGGGGAUAACACUUACUCCCCGUGAUUACAUCAUCGACGUUUCUUUGCGGAGCCGUUGUUUAUUUGCUGAAUGAUUUGUUCCAGUUCAUUAAGGAUCACUGAGGAUGUCUGAGUGGUUUCAUCUGUUUGCAAUUUCAAGUUUAUCUUGGAAGUUUUAAUGGUGUUGACUGUAAUCCGUAUGGGUUUUAGUCUGAUGCUUAUCCCAAAAAAAGUGUGCACUUAUUGUAAAUCUGUCCCUCUGUGUGAGUUUGCGUGCAUGCAUGCACAGAACUGUGUAUAUACGAGGGUGUGUGUGUGUGUGUGUGCGCGUGUGUGUUUUAUUUGCUUUACUGUGUGCUGUUCUUGCUGUUAUGUUGCAUACCAUGUGGUGACUGCAGAGUGCAUGUAUGUGCCUGUGUGGGGACAUCAUACCAACACCAUGAAUGUAGAUAUUGUUAAACCUUUUCAUUUCUCCCAAAGGUUUUUUUUUUUUUUUUUUUUGGUCAUCAAUUACCGGAAAUGGGAUUGGUGACGAGACUCAUGUCAUUUUGGAUCUCAAAAAAGAUUUGAGUACAUGGCAACUAUUAAUAACCUAUUAGUAAUGGACUGAUUUUGACCUUUACAAAUUUCAUCACAAAACCAGCGUGAACUAUAUAAAUAACUAAAAGAGAGAAAAGGAAAGUCAUUGAUGACACUGAUUGGUGAAAGUCUGUAAAAGGGAUUUGAAGACCUCAGUUGCCAGUGGACUUAGGGGGUAAAAGAAAAAAAAAAAAAGAACUGUAAUCUUUUCUGUAAAUACUGUUUUUGUAUUGAGUGCUUAUUGUUUUGUUAGUACUUUUAAUUUGGCAAACCCUCAUCUGUGAUUUCCGAGGCCAGUGAGUCUUUCACUCACGGGGGAGAAUUGUUUGGUUAAUUCACCUGUUUUAGUUGUUUCUUCUCUCCCUUUUGUUGGUUUAUAGAGAUAUCUAAGACAGCGAAGCUUUACAAGUUUGUACUGCUGAUCAUUUGACAGAAUUUGAUGUUUUAUAUAGCUGAGGGUGUUCUUACAGUAUGUCCUUGUAGUUCAAGUAUUUGGGCAAAUAAAAAAUAAUCUUUAA